AUUGAAAAAACACCCAUGUUGUCGUUAAUAUUUGUUAAACGUAGUUUAAACUGCUUUGCUUGUGAACGAAUAUGUGACACGUUCCUAUAUUAAUUUAUUACAUGUACAUAUUUGUGUGACUUUAUAACUUUAAUGUGCGAUAAGUUUUUUGAACAACUUCAUUUUGGAUGUGCUGUUUACAGUUCUGCCGAUUGGCGAAUAAGUGAUUUUUGUAAAGGAAUUUUUUUUCGAAGAAGCCUUAGAACAUUGAUACCCUUACCAACUAACCAUGCCUCCUACCCACGGAGAAAUAACAUAUUGCAACUAUAUUCAACAUGAGCACUAUGUUAGACAAGGCGACUUCUGUAAAACAUGUGACCAAUGUUUCCCUGGAUUAGGGCUGGCACCGUUCACGGAAAGACAGUUUGAAAUCGACCUAAUGCAUGGUGCUUUAGGGUGUCUUCACUGUAUCCAAUGCCCACCAGGUUUCUAUAGCAACCACCUAUCGUUUGAGGAAUGUUUACGUUGUACAGAUUGUAAGAAGAAAGGGGUAUAUGAAACACAGAAUUGUACAUCCAAACAAGAUACAGUUUGUGGAAAAAUUAAGCUAAAGUCAACCAUACAUGACUCUCGGCAACAGAUACAUCUGACACCCAUUAUAUGUAUUUCUGUCGUUUGCUGUGUCUUAGCUGUACUGUUGGCUAUUGUGGUGUAUCGAAAUCUCAGGAGGAAACGGAGAAAUGUCAGAAAUCAAAAUGAAGAGACGAAAAGUGCUAUUUCAAAAGGACUCUUAGCGGCAGAAUCAUCAGGAAAUUCGUCAUUGUCAUCAAGUAAGACGACAGACAGCACAUUUCUAUCAUCCAGUCAAGAAACAGUCGAGACAGAUGGGGAUGAAAAUAUAUUUAAUUCAAAAAGUAUUGUAGAUUCAUUUAUAGAAAGUUAUGAUUGUACAAUAGAGAUAUCAGAAGCACAUGCACGAAUAAUAAGUAAGCAUAUUGCCGUGAACAGUAUUUUUUACGAUAUCGGUAUAGAUCUAGGGAUACCAGACAAUGAUAUUAAAAUUAUUAUAGAAAAUAAUAAAUCUGAUGUGAAAUCCCAAGCAUACGAAACAUUACUCAAAUGGAAACAUUUAAAAGCAUCAGAUGCAACAAUGUUACGAUUCAUCGAUACUUUACAACGGUUGAAACUUCAAAAAGUAGCAAAGCAAUUCUGUAAUACAUAUGAUGAAACGACUAGGCCAUUUCGAUAAACUGUGAUAUUAAAUAAGUGUCCUGCCGCAAUCAGUAUUAGGAAUGCCUCAAGAUUGCGUUGAUGCAAUUCCAAAAAGAAAUGUUUUAUGAAAAAAAAUAACCAAGGCCAGUGUUAUAUUGUUAAAAUUUAUGCAGCUAACAUAUUGAUUGUAACAUUGAUAUGUUUUAUUUUUAUGUUAUAUUUUUAAGUGAAUAAAAUAAAAAAAACUGAGA